UCUUCUGACAGAUGGGGAGGAUAAAGUGUCCAUUGAUGUUGGUCGUCGGGGAGGAUGAUCAGAACUGGGCCACAGUGGAGUCUGCCAAGGACAUGACCCAGAUGAUGCAUGCAGCGGGUAACGAGCACCUACUGACCAUUCUACAAUACCCUGAUGCUGGACACCUCAUUGAGCCGCCGUACACACCCCACUUCAGGGCCAGCAACUUCAUAAUGCCUCAAACACGACAGAAAUUGAUCAUGUUGUGGGGAGGGUACACCAAGCCGCAUGCCGUGGCUCAGGAAGACUGUUGGGAAAAGAUCCUUAGCUUCCUACGGCAACACCUCUACCCCAGCCCUGACUCUACCCCAACCCUAAGGCAAAGCUGUGAUGUCACACCCAAAGAGCAUCAAGGACUUAGUAUGAUUGACUAAGCUAUAACUUAAAAAAAAAAAAAAAAUACAUGAACACUUUAUAUUUUAAGUCUAAGCCUUUUGGGGGGUGGUAGGGUUCUUCUAACAUGGAAUUGUUUUGGUCAUACCAUAGAUCAUUUAGCUAUUUGAUUUUGAAUUUUAGGACUCCUUUAAGCCGGGUGUACACUAUACAAUUUUGGCCCCGAUUUAGCUGUCCCAGACAAGCUUUUGAAAUUGAAGACCAAAUCCCCAUGUCGUUGACUACUCGAGGCGUUUGGCCGUCACGACACUCGUUUGAUGUGAGCGGGUCAGAUACGCAGUCUGAGGGCUACUGAUCUCAUCUUUGACCAGUCCCAGACGCCCCGAUAUUUUCAAACAUGUUUGAUUUUAUCCGCACAAUCUUCAGUGCUUUUGCAGUGCGAGAUGUGCAACGACAAGUUUUGAGAACGCGUGAUCAGCAAUAGCCAAUGAGAGCUCGCCAGAGAAGAAGCCAGUGAGAUGAUGAUGAUAUUUCUCAUCACCCAGAAUGUGAGCUACUACUACUACUCCUAGUAUGCGUUUUUACUUGCCUUUAACCAAAGUGUCAAAUCGUUGCAGCUCUGAAGUUCACAAGCAAUGUUAUUUCAUUCAAAAUGUUUGCGAGAUAUUUCAAGUCAGUAUGGCAAGCGUGAAUGUCUGACUGAAAACGUUUUGAGGCUGCUUUGAGCCACUGCUCGUUGUAGCUAUGUUAACAAUCUACUCACAUAAUUAUUUUCGCGAGACAGCGUGGUAUCGCGAAUCCUAAUGACCAAGUGAAGAAUCUUAUAGUGUGUGACCCCUGUCUUGCCAUGUCGUUUAGUGAGCGCACCACUACGUUGUCAAGACAAAAAACGUCAGGAAAGACGGUCAUUAAUGAAAGAGGCUCAGCUAUGUUAGGAUUUGGAAAGUUGUGUGGUGUACACUUGGUUUUAGGUAUUAUUUUUUUAUUACUUAAAAUAUUGAAUUUGGUCUUUACUACUAUAGCCCAUAGAAACAC